GUUCCUGCGACUGUUUAUAUGCGACACACCAUCAUCAUGGCUCUGUUUCCAGCUUUUUCAGAAGUAGAGAGUAACAAAGUUGAAGAUUCCUCUAAAGAAUUAGACUGGCUGAAAAAUAAGAGUUUUCAGACUGGAGAUGCCCUCUCUCUUCACAGUCGUUUUUUUGAGAAGACCAGUGAAAGGCUGAACGUGAAGCAAUCAAGUGUAGCCAGAGAGGUGAGCUCUGCGGAGGAGGAGGACGAGGGUGAUGUGCCACCCAAAAAGAAGAAAAAGAAGAGUGAAAAGAAGAAGAAAAAGAAGAAAAAACACAAAAAGAAAAGCGGAAGAUAUUCGGACAGCAGUGGGUCUGACUCUGAAACCAUUUUUCCCAGUGACCUCAAAAGGGAGCAAGAGGCAGAUAGUCCCCAGGCUGCUCCCUUAGCGAGUUGUUUCUCCUGGUUGGAUGAUCUCAAGUCUCCCACAGAGCAGCCGUUCUGUGUGGACCGUAAAGCAGACGCAGCCAACUGGACGUACAAGUCUCUGUACAGAGGAGACGUAGCCAGGUAUAGGAGGAAAGGCAGCUCGUCCUUGGGUCUGGACCCCCGCAGACAAGGAGUCAGCUGGGAGGAGUCCGAGUCAAAUAAGAAACAGAAAGGCAAGAAGAAAGCAGCAGACAGAUACUUCUCUACAGUCAGUCGCCAGCUGCUGAGGUCCGAGCCCCUUGUUCCUACAUUACCUACGAUUCCUGAGCACGGCGACGCCAUCAGCCCCUGUUCUUUCCUCCCACUGCAUGAGGAGAACAAAGGAGGAAAGACUGGUGACAGAGUACAGACAUCGUCAGUAAAUCCCCUGGGUGUGUAUGACUCCUCCACGGCCCUCUGGCUGCAGGGGAAGGGUCAGAAGGAGCAGCAGAUACAGGACGUACAGACGGGGCAGAGUGCAGCACCUUUGGCCGGGAGGACUGAAGAGUUUAACAGGCGGCUCAGAGAGCAGCCAGCAGACACGCAGCUCUGGUUACAAUUCAUACGAUACCAGGAUGAGCUAAAUGCAACAGUGUUUGGAGGCGAAGAGGAGCAGCAGGGCGCCGAUUCGGCCGAGCACCGUAAGUCUUCCUACAGAGCGGUCCUGGAGAAAAAGCUGAGCAUCGCAGAGCGCGCAGUGUCUAUCAACCAUGGCUGUAUAGCUCUGCAGCUGGAGAGGCUCAGGAUCUGCCAAGAGCUCUGGGAGCCUGCACUUCUGGCUAAAGAAUGGAAGAAGCUGGUGUUCCUCCACCCAAACAGUGCCCCCCUGUGGAGGGAGUAUCUACUGUUCACCCAGAGCUACUUCAGCAACUUCACCGUGUCAAAGGUCAACUCUGCAUACGGGAAAUGUCUAAGCACGCUCAGUGCGGUGCAUGACGGCAGCAUGGUCUCUCACCCGGCCCUGCCAGGGCUUGAGGAGGAUAUGUUGGAUAUCUUCACCCAGCAGUGUCAUUUCCUGCGUCAGUCUGGUCACUCGGAGAAGGCCAUUUCUCUGUUCCAGGCCAUGCUCGACUUUACCUUCUACAAACCUGACAGCGUACGAGAACUGUCCACCAAGCAGCAGGUGAGUUUCUUUGAGCCGUUCUGGGACAGCGAGGAGAGAGUUGGAGAGUUGGGGGCCAGAGGUUGGAAAGCCUGGAUGCUCCAACAAGAGCGAGGAGGGUGGCUACAGCCCAGUGCAGAGGAAGAAGAGGAGGACGAGGAGGACGAGGAGGAGGUGAAGGAUCGGAGCCAGCCCAGAUGGACAGUCUGGUUAGACGUGGAACCGUCUCGUGAAGCAGCUCACUGGCUGCCCUGGAGGCCUGACAAAGCCAAGGGCCAAUCAGAGGAGGACUGUGAGGACCCGGACAGACAGGUGUUGUUUGAUGACAUCGGUCCGUCCAUAAUUCGUCUGUCUUCACCAGAGCUCCAGCUCCGUCUCCUUCUCCGUUUCCUGUCAUUCCUGGGGCUGCCCGUAGACUCUGUGCUCUCUGCUGCCCCCUGUCAGCCUGGCCUGCUGCUGGAGAACCUUUCUCUGCUCACUCAAGGUAACGAGCUCAGGUGUCCUCUGACCUCCUACGACCUUCCUGACCCCGGAGUUAACUCUGUUGGUCACAUGACCACUCUCCAGGGAACAAGGAAGUGGGUGGGGCUUGGAAAGCUGGGCGAGAGGUUUGUCACCAAUGUGUUCAAUAUGGUCCAACCUGUCCCUUCCUGCUCAACAACGGCCGCCCUGUCACUCAGCUGGAUGCAGUACGAGCAACUCAAGGUCUUGCGCUGCCUGCGAGGCGCCAACAAAAAGCGUCUCCCUCAGGGCAAGAGCAGCAAGCGAGUAGCCAAGCAACUGCUCAAAAGAGCCGACAACCGCUCGUCGUUGGUGCUGUGGCGGAGACUCCUCCACCUGUAUUGGAUGCUGUGAACCCAUCGACGAGGCCUCGGCAAAAGUCCUUCUCCACGCCACACGCAUGGGGGAACUAAAGGGCUGAAGAGCCCCGCCCUCUGUGAGCUUUGUGCGUGGCUCAUCUGGAGGUGAGAUGGGCCCAAUCUUGCGACGAAGGGAGGACUAACCGAUGCCACUGUGUCUCCAGCUGUGUGUGUACUAACCAGGCUAGCAGAAGGAGCCUCCUCAUCCUCCCAGGCCCUCUCUCCGGUGUCCAUCCUAAAAGCCAGGAGGUCGUAUGAACAGGCUCUGACUGCUGGGUUGUCUGCCCUGGACCAAAGCCCCCACAACCCUGAGGCCAACAGAAAAGCAGGUCAUGAGGACCUGCUAGGAGAGAAGCUGAGGCUGAGAGCCCUGAUAGGCUGCCACGCUCUGUUCCAGUACCUCACAACGGGCAUCCAAGCAGCUAACACUGUCUACAGCCAGGCUAGAGACAGGAUGGAGGAGCUGCACCACACGCUAACAUGUGACACGCAGUUUAACAGUAAUGAGGACCUUGCUAGCACUGAUGCUAGCCAGUCUGCAGCUGAAUACAGCCGCACCGGCAGGCACUAUGUUAACAGGCUAGCUUCUGAGUGUGAGACACUGGCAGUGCAGCAGGCAGCGUUGCUUAGGUACCACAACAGCAUCAGUGUGUUUCCACUGGCAACACUGAGACAAACGCUGACCUCCGCCCUCUCCACCUGGCCCAGCAGCUCCCCUCUCUGGAGCUUAUAUGUACAGGUGGAGAACCGUUACCAUAGUGCUGGCCGGGCGCGUCGCUUUUUUCACUCUGUAACCAGGGGCAACAGCAGUGUGGUGCCACGCCUCUUUGCCAUUGUUGCUGAACAACAGAGGAAGCAGCUGGUGGAUGCUGCUCAGAGGUCUUGUUGCCAUGAUGCUGCAUUACCCAUCCUGCCAGAGAAUGGCCUCAGCAACCGUAUCCGUGGACUGUUUGAAGGCGCCAUAGCAACAGAGAUGGGUUCUCACUGUUCUUUACUUUGGAGGAUGUACAUGCACUUCCUGGUGUCAGAGGGGAAGGUGGACAAAGCCACUGGGAUCUUCUACAAGGCCUUACAGAAUAUUCCCUGGGCUAAGGGUUUGUACAUGGACGCAGUCCAGCUGUUCCCUGAGCAUCUGCAGGAGUUUGUAGAUCUGAUGACUGAGAAAGAACUCCGACUCCGACUGCCUUUAGAAGAACUAGAUAUACUACUGGAGGACUGAACGCACACACACACACACACACACACCCAUCUCAUUCAAGACCUCAAAUAUCGGCACACCUGAUGGCCAAACUCCGGUGCUUACACACAUAGCUGCAGUUUUCAACCGUGAAGUUGCAGUGAGCUUAUGGGAGAGGAGCCAUCCUUUGUACAUAAUGCUUUAUUUUCCCAGAAAACCACAAGAACUGUGUUUUAGUACCAGAAACUGUUAAUAAUAAAUGUAUACUUCUCA